UUCGUUCAAACUUUCGACGGAACGGAACCUUCUCUCCUAAAACUCCUUCGUCUUCUGCUCAUCUCUAAAGUGCUACGAAUGACUUAUUCUGUUAGUGAGAAAAAAAGUGAAUCAAUUAUUAUUGAGAAAAAAAAAAUAAAUAAAUAUAAAAAUAGUCAAAGAGACGAGAUUACAAUUAAUCUCACUUUGGAUUAUUCCAGAAUAAACUGAAAUAAAUGGAAUUUGUUUUCUUAGCAGAAAAAAACUUGUUUCAAAUAAAUAAUUAAACUGAACUUUUUAUUGCUAAUAAAAAAAAAGUCAGAAAGUUAGAGAAAAAAAUAAAUAGCAAAAAUGGUAGAAGGAGCAAAAGUAGAAAUUAAUGUGCAAAGUGUUGAGGCUGUCACGAAAAGCAGUCUCAUAGUUGUGUCAAAUCGAUUGCCAUUUGUGCUAAAAAGAGAUCCGGUUACGAAUGAUUUGAAACGUAAUGCAAGUGCUGGAGGUUUGGUUACGGCAGUCGCGCCCGUCGUUAUCUCGAGCAAAGGUUUAUGGGUUGGUUGGCCUGGCAUGCACUUCAAAGAGGGCGAAAUCGAGAUUCCCGAAUCAGAUCCCAGUGAUAGAUCGCCAACGGCUGGUUUGUUGUCGGAACAAACGGUUCCCGUCGAAGUUGAGCCAAAUUUGUUCAAUAGUUACUACAAUGGAUGCUGCAACGAAAUCUUUUGGCCUUUGUUCCAUUCGAUGCCGGGUCGUUCGAAUUUCACGCAGCAACAUUGGAAAUCUUACGUCACGGUGAAUAAACUUUUUGCGAAACGAACAAUUGAUGCUCUCGAAAUUUGUCACAAGAAAAAUACGCAUCCCGGUACGCCGAUUAUCUGGAUUCACGAUUAUCAUUUGAUGUUGGCUGCUAAUUAUAUUCGUGAAAAGGCAGAUGAGAAGAAUUUGGAGUGUCAGAUUGCGUUUUUCCUGCAUAUUCCGUUUCCGCCAUGGGAUAUCUUCCGUUUGUGUCCCUGGGGAGAGGAAAUUCUGCAAGGUAUGCUUGCUUGUGAUAUGGUCGGUUUUCACAUCCGUGACUACUGUCUCAACUUUGUGGAUUGCUGUCAACGCAACCUUGGUUGUCGUGUCGAUCGCAAAAACUUGUUGGUUGAACAUGGCGGGCGUUCUGUACGUGUUCGUCCCCUCCCAAUUGGCAUCCCAUACGAUCGUUUCGUCGAAUUAGCCCGUUCCGCCCGCAAAGUUCUUCAUACCGAACAAAAAAUAAUUUUGGGCGUCGAUCGUUUGGACUACACAAAAGGUCUCAUCAACCGUUUACUCGCUUUUGAGCUCCUUUUGGAAAAAUACCCUCAACACCGCGAAAAAGUGAGUCUUUUGCAAAUUUCCGUUCCCUCCCGCACCGACGUUCGCGAAUAUCAAGAACUCAAGGAACAAAUCGAUCAGCUCGUGGGUCGCAUCAACGGACGUUUCACGACAGCAAAUUGGUCUCCAAUUCGUUACAUUUUCGGAUGCGUUUCGCAAGAAGAGCUCGCUGCCUUUUAUCGUGAUGCCGCAAUUGCUUUCGUUACGCCGCUGCGUGACGGCAUGAAUUUAGUGGCGAAGGAAUUUGUCGCGUGUCAAAUUAACGAACCGCCCGGCGUUUUAAUUGUCAGUCCGUUUGCGGGGGCGGGAGAAACGAUGCACGAAGCUUUGUUGUGCAAUCCGUACGAACUUAAUGACACGGCGGAAGUUUUGCAUCGCGCCGUUAGCAUGCCCGAAGACGAAAGAAGCUUGCGGAUGUCGCGGUUGAGAAGACGUGAAGCUGAAAAUGAUGUCAAUACGUGGAUGCGGGGAUUUUUGAAGGCAAUGGGAUCGCUGGAGGAAGACGAUGUUGGGCUAACGAACAUGCAACCCGUGGAAAUUGACGAUUUCGAUGGAUAUUUGUUGAGUUAUUUGGGUUACAGUCACAAACUUGCCUUAUUGUUGGAUUAUGAUGGUACCUUGGCACCCAUUGCGCCGCAUCCAGAUCUUGCAACGUUGCCAGCGGAAACGAAAAAUGUCCUGCAACGACUUUCGAAUCACUCGGAUGUGUAUGUUGCCAUCAUUUCCGGCAGAAGUGUUGAAAAUGUCAAGAAAAUGGUCGGCAUCGAAGGAAUCACUUACGCAGGUAACCACGGAUUGGAAAUUUUACAUCCCGAUGGCAGCAAAUUCGUUCAUCCGAUGCCAGUUGAGUGCGAAUUGGAAGUUAGCAAAUUAUUGCAAGCGUUACAAGAAAAUGUAUGUCGCGAUAACGCAUGGGUCGAAAACAAAGGCGCCUUGCUAACAUUCCAUUAUCGUGAAACGCCGGUAGAAAAAAGACCAGCGAUGAUCGCAAAAGCCAAAGAACUCAUCAUUAAUUCCGGAUUCAAACCAGUUGAAGCAAAUUGUGCCAUCGAAGCAAAACCGCCAGUUUUGUGGAAUAAAGGUCGCGCCACGAUUUAUAUCCUUCGCACGGCUUUCGGUGUCGAUUGGAGUGAACGCAUCAAAAUUAUCUACGUCGGCGACGAUUUAACGGAUGAGGAUGCAAUGACGGCCCUCAAAGGUAUGGCUGCGACAUUCCGAAUCUCCUCAUCGCACAUCAUCAAAACCGCUGCCGAAUACCGUUUGCCAUCCACAGACUCCGUGCUCACGAUGUUAAAAUGGAUCGAGCGUCAUUUCAUGCGACGCAAGCCACGUGCCAACUCUCUGACCUACAAAAAAUCCAAAAAAGACGCCUUCAAGUUGCACAUGUCGUUCGAUGCGGAAACUGCGGCGGCGAUUGCGUCGGCAGCAGCUGCUUCAUCAGCAGCCAACAGCGAAGAAGACUAAUUUUCGGAUGGAGAUUAUUACAGGAUAGGACUAAAAAAUUAUAAUUUUAAGUAAAAAACAACGUUUUAGAGUAAUAAAAAAAAAUGUCGCAUUUUUUAAUGACCUUCCGACGAUGAAAAGAAUGAAGACCUCAAUACUCGAACUUGUUGUUUGGCAUAACUUGGCGUUAUAAACAAAUAAAAAGACUCACAUUUUAUUGUUAAGAACAUAAAAAUUUUUACUUUUAUUUCCAUGCUGACUAUGUGGUGUUAUCAGAUGGGUCGCAAUAUAAUUUUUUAAUUACAAAAAUUGCUUUUUUUAUAACAUAACAUAGAAUUUUUUGCUUUAUUAAAU